CAUUGAUAAAGCAUUUCUCAUCACUCCUCUAUUGGUAAGGGACAGAAUGGUGUUUUUUCCCAGAGGAGAAAAUGAAACAUGAAUUAUCCGAGUGGCUUGCUGGGAUGCUCCUGAGCACAAGGAAUACAGGUCUGACAUAAAAGUCCAGCUUUGUGUGGCAGAGAGUGGGAGAUUCUCCUGCUUCUUAGAAGGCAGCAAGUGCAAACAAAAGGAGGGAUUUGGUUUUUUUCUUUUUUAAAUCAAAGAUGGGCAAAGACACAGAAAGUGCUGUAGGAAGGAUGCAAAUGUUUUAUGCUUUAUUUAAGAUAAAGCUCCUUGUUUGCUGUUGCUCACAAAGCUAAUUGACAGAUUACACGAUAAUAAGAAGGAGUUUAAUGAAAUCUGCCGAUACCGCUCAGAGGAUGUGGAAUUUGGAUGUGCAGUUAAAUGAGGGUUUAGCUGCUCUGUGCAAACUGGGGGGCUGUGGAAAUGUUUGUAUUCCUGGUAUCUUGUUUGUAAAUCAUUUCAGCGAUGGCAGGGAGCUGUGCUGUAGCAGGGAGCUGUGUCGGAGGGAGCAGAGUCCAUCAGUCAUCGCAGGCAGGGAGGGUCCCUGGCCAGAGCUGCCUUGGGGGCACCUGAGCUCCUGUGGAUCCUCACCGGAUGAAAUCCUCUGACCUCGACCAGGAGCUGUUCACUGAGAGCUACUGCAAGGUGUGCAGUGCCCAGCUGAUCUCCGAGUCCCAGCGCGUGGCCCAUUACGAGAGUCGGAAGCAUGCCAGCAAAGUCCGCCUGUACUACAUGCUGCACCCCGUCGACGGAGGCUGCCCGGCCAAAAAGCUCCGCUCAGAAAACGGCAGCGACGGUGACUCGGUGGAUAAGAACAAAUGCUGCACACUGUGUAACAUGUCCUUUACCUCAGCCGUGGUGGCAGAAUCGCAUUACCAAGGGAAAAUCCAUGCCAAAAGGUUAAAACUGUUGCUAGGGGAGCAGCCAGCGUUAAAGGCCACAGGAGCUGCGCUGGGCUCGCUGAAGGCGCCGCACACGGACAGAGCCGCGGUGCCCGCGCAGCGCCGGGACUCGGACCGGCACUGCCAGCUCUGCACAGCCUGGUUCAACAACCCCACCAUGGCACAGCAGCACUACGACGGCAAAAAGCACAAGAAGAACGCGGCCAGGGCCGACCUCCUGGAGCAGCUGGGCAAGACCCUGGACCUGGGGGAGCUGCGAGGCCUGAAGCGCAGCUACACCUGCAACAUCUGCAACGUCACCCUGAACUCCAUAGAGCAGUACCAUGCACACCUGAAGGGCUCCAAACACCAGGCCAACCUGAAGAACCAGUAGUGGCUCUUUGUUGGAGAAGAGGACGAGCACUAACUCUGCUUCUGUGGAGGGGAGCAGGAGAGGAGGUUCCUUGGACAGUGAUCCUAUGUGGAUUCAAUAAUUAACAUGUAACUAACCUUCGCUUUGGACAAAUACAUGGAUUUUUUAUUUUAAUUUUGUGGUGAGUUAAAAUAUUUCGAUGGAUUUUUUUACCCUUUCAAGACAAUAUUUAUUCAGCACAGAGUCUAGAGUAUGAUAACUAUCCUGUAAAUACAGCACUUACUCAUCAGUCAUCUUCAGGGACAGUGGAAACAAACUAUUUUACUUCUUCAUAUUUAUUCCUAGAUUUCUCCCAAGAGUAUAAGAUUAUUCUACUACAUUAUCCAUGAUAGUGAUGUAACCAGUCUUCAAUCAGAAAUAAACACACUUUCUUCACCUUC